AUGCAUCGUAUUCAACAAAUUACCAGUCACCUUAUCUCUUCAAAUAAUCAAUUCGUCGCUAAAGUGGGUGUCAAGUCGCCCGAAGACGUAGUUAUCGUUGCGGCGGUACGAACACCACUUACCAGAGCCAAAAAGGGUGGAUUCAAAGAUACGCUUCCUGAGGAGAUUUUAGCUGCCGCGUUUAAAGGCUUGCUGGAACGUUCGAAAAUUGACCCGAAACUCAUUGAAGAUGUCGCGGUGGGUAAUGUAUUGCCGGCUGGUGGUGGUGCCACAGUUGCACGUGCUGCUGCAUUAUACGUUGGUAUUCCAAAUACUUCGGCUCUAAAUACUGUCAAUAGACAAUGUUCGUCAGGUUUACAGGCUGUAGUGCAGAUAGCCCAUGAAAUUGCAUUAGAUCAGAUUGAAAUUGGGAUAGGUGCUGGUGUAGAAAGUAUGACUUUUGGUUAUGGCGCUAGUGCCAUGCCAGCCGAAACCUCGGAAAUAAUAUUCGCAAAUCCUGAAUCAGCCGAUUGCUUGCUUCCCAUGGGCACCACAUCCGAAAAUGUAGCGAACCAAUUCGGUAUAACUCGUGAGAAACAAGAUGCUUUCUCUGCCGAAUCUCAUCGACGCGCAGCAGCAGCUCAAGAAGCCGGGCUUUUCAAAGAAGAAAUUGUUCCCGUGAAAACGCGUUGGACUGAUCCAAAGAGCGGUGAAGAAAAGGAAAUAAUUGUAGAUAAAGAUGAUGGUAUUCGAAAAGGCACGACUGUUGAAGUUCUUGCAAAGUUAAAACCGGCAUUUGCUGAAAAUGGUACCACCACGGCAGGAAGCUCUUCUCAGGUUACUGAUGGAGCCGCUGCUGUUUUAAUGAUGAAACGUAAAACUGCUGAAAAACACAAAUUCCCGAUCAUUGGUAAAUUUGUGCGUGCAGCAGUUGUGGGUGUCCCACCAAAUAUUAUGGGUAUUGGACCUGCAUAUGCUAUCCCGCGUGUUCUUGAAUUAACUGGGCUUAGCCUUGAUGAUAUUGAUGUCUUUGAGAUCAACGAAGCUUUUGCCUCACAGGCUGUAUAUAGUAUUGAGAAAUUAGGAAUAGAUUCAAAAAAAGUUAAUAUAAAUGGGGGUGCAAUAGCAAUCGGUCAUCCACUCGGUGCAACUGGAGCCAGACAAAUCGCGACAAUUCUAAAUAUUCUGAAACAAAAGAAACAACGGGUUGGUCUUACAUCCAUGUGUAUUGGAACUGGUAUGGGCAUGGCAGCAAUAAUUGAAGCCGAAUAUUAA